AUGCCCGCUACUGUGGCGGAUUUGGCAGCUGCUGCUCUCGCACGCUGGGAGGUUGAGGAUGAGAGUGGCUGGCAUCCUUGCGAUCAGAAGGUUCUCGAGUGCUUACGUGUUGCUGGUGCUGGGCAGAAGCUUCACGUGCCAUGCGCCGUGGGCGAGCGAAAGUGCGAGCUGCACUUGGACGCUCGUGUUGAGGUCGACUGCAUGACUGGCAAGCGAAGGCGCUUGCGCAUUGCAAGCCCCACGGAGAGAGAAACUGCAGCGGUUGCAGCAGCAGCAGCAGCAGGUGCAACUUUGCCUAGUCUCGCGGAAAGUGCAACAAAGCCAGUGCUGGAGCCAGGGCAGAGUGCAGAGGCGGGUAGGCUUCCGAGAAAGACCUUGUCUGGAUACUUCAUUAAGACGAAGGAGAGCAAGGAGAGCAAGGAGCCUGCUGAACAGGCCCAAAGCAGCAGUUCUGCUGCUGUUUGGGGUGGAGGAGGAGGAGGAGCCGCGGGCCCAGAUCGACCCAGCGCCGAAGCAACGGCAUCUGGCAGUAGCACAGUUGCUGAUAUUGCCGACCCCAAGACAGGUAAUGAAAAGAUUGCUUCCAUCUUUGAAGAGAUGAGCAUGGUACAGAAGCUGAAACGAGAUCGCUUUCGCUCUCAGGCUUAUGCCAAGGCAGCGCAAGCCCUGCGUGCACUGGACCACGCGAUUGACAGUGGUGCUCAAGCAAAGGCUAUCAAAGGCAUCGGUGCGGGUAUGGCGAAUCGCAUAGAUGUCAUCCUGAAAACUGGAGAGCUCCAGGAACUUGAAGAUUUAAAGAACGACAGUGAUGUGGUGGCCUUGCGCGAGCUUCGAUCCGUUCAUGGCAUAGGAGCCGUUGCAGCGGCCAAGUUGGUCGAGCAGGGCAUCAGAUCGCUGCUACAGCUCAGACAAGCGGUGGAAAAGAAGCAAGUUCAUUUGGAUGCAGCCCAGGCGCUAGGUCUUCGACACUGCGAAGAAUUCAAUAAACGCAUCCCUCAGGCAGAGAUGAAGGAACAUCAUGCCUUUCUGGAGCGUUGCAGAGUGCAAGAUUAUCCGGCUCUUCUGCUGACGGUCUGUGGCUCUUAUCGGCGUGGCCGACCAGAUUGUGGUGACAUUGAUGUGUUGAUCAGCCAUCCCAACUACACCACUGCAAAGAAAGAAACCAAUGCUGGUGGCAAACUGCUGCAUGGUUUCGUGAACAGUUUGAAGAAAGUGGGCUACGUGACUGGCGACCUGGCCUUUGGACAGACGAAGUUCAUGGGAGUUUGCAGGCUGCCUGGCGGAUUGCACAGACGCCUGGACAUUCGCUGUAUGCCCGAGGACCAGUAUCACUUUGGAAUAAAAGAUGACAGUACAUGCCAUGCACAUGGAACCAGCCAUGAUUAUUCCUGCGAAAGACACGUGGAUAACCCUUGCCCUUCGCUGACAAUCAUGAGCCUCGAUUGGAGUGAUCGCGAUCUUCUGGAGUGGGCUCAGAGAACCCUGCCAGAGUUCCUCUUGAUAUGCAUGCAAGAUCCCGAUGAUGGGAAGCGAAGCAUUGCAUCAACGCCCUGGUCCGAGUAUGAACUCUCCAUCGCAGAGGUGCAAUUGGAAGGUGAGGUCAAUUUGAUUGGAAGGAAAAACGAGCCAAUGCUACAAUUUGACCUCGAUCUGGGUAUGCGUGUCGAUGUUGAGAAGAAAGUUGUGGGGAGGCCUAAGAAUGAUGAAACUGACUACUGGCCUGGCAUUGUGCAGAUAGUGCAUUUUGACAAUGAAAAUCAGAGACCCGCUCUUAUCACUCGACUAGAGGAACUCCCAGAGGAUAUCGCUCAGGAAGUGGGAUGGUAUCUUCAGGAAGGCAUGGGAAGCCGUUUCAUUUGGCAUGGCCUUGCUAGAUGGCAGGCUUAUGCAGCCCAGAAGUGGUUGAAGCAAGCCCCUGCGCACAUAGAGGACCCAAGAUCCAACCCCGAAGCCCCACCAGCUUUUCCACCUUUCCUUCGUGCUGCACGAAAGAGGUAUGAGGAUGAAAUUCGCCAAAUUCUCCUUGGUUCAGAUGAUGAGGAAGAGUCCGAACAGGAGCAGCUUCCCACUUCCCAACUGAGAUUUCAGGAUUUGGGCAUGGUGGGCUCAGCCAAUGCCGCAAAUUUGAUGAGUCGUCGAAUCCUUUCAGAGGCAGAUGGCCAUCCAGGAUAUGCAAGUCCUCCAAUCUCUGAUGACGAAGAUGACUUUGACCCUACUGCGCCCUACGAGUUUGUAGAGGGCACUUUUGAGCGAAAGCGCAAAGGGGCGCCACAUAUGAAGAAGUUUGGAAGAUAUCCCUUCAUGCCAUCCAUGUUGGCAGGCUUGGGAGGCCCAGCGAAUUGGCUGCCACCGAAGGAGCAUGCAAUUGGACAUCCAGAGUGGUUCCAGAAUCAGGGUCAUCUAACAGGCUUAGCUCCCUCAAGCAUCUCGCAACCGUCCCGGCUGUUGUCCAACGGUGUGACCCACUUGGACACCAUCUUGGAAAAAGCGCGGAAGAGGAGAGAAGAAUUCGAAGCUUCCUCUGUCAACAAGCUAAUCUCGAUCAAAGCUGCUGAUCUCUGCGCAGCUAUCGAAAACGGUGACGUCAUGAAGGCCUUCGCAAAACUCGACGACAAGACUGCCAGCUGUCCGCAUCCUGACACAGGGCGCUGUGCAGCACAUUAUUGCAUUGCAAGAGGCUCCCAUGAACUCCUUCGAAUGGUGCUAGAAGCUAGGGCCGACCCAGACGCGAGGGAUUCCUUUGGCCAGACACCGUUGAUGAUGGCAGCAAAGCAGGGAGACCAGGAGGCUGCACAAGUGCUGUUGGACGCUGGUGCUGACGCCGCUGCAACUGAUUCCUUGGGACGAGCUGCAUCAGACAUGAUCAAGGUUGUAGAGAAACCGGAUGAGGAGCAUAAUCCUUUGAAGAACUGGAGGGAAAAGAUGGCAGGACAACCUCUUCCUGAAGAUCCUGCGAAGAAGAACAGAGAUCUUAAGGAGUUGAUCGACAGCAAAGAAAGGCCCAAAAAGUUCGGUCUGUCUCUGCUCUCGGCGCUGGCUCAAAGAGAUGUCAGAACUGCAGAAGCAGCGAUGGAAGCGGGAGCUGACAUGAAAUUGGUGGACGACAAGGGUGACACAGCAGUUAUCCUCAUCGUGAAGGGCAAGUGGAAGGACACUCAGGGGCUUCAAGUGCGACUGCUGCGCAAAGCGAUGAAGGCAGGUGCUGACGUCAACUUUCAGAACUGCCAGGGCAACAGCGCGCUGCACUUUGCCUCUCAUCGAGGAGACUUGGAUGUGGUGGAGGUCUUACUGAGUCUGAAAGCGAGCCCAAAAUUGGUGAACGCGGAGGGAAACACGGCACUGAUGUACGCCGCACAUGGAGGCUACGAAGAGAUUUGCACUGCUCUGCUGGAGGCGGCUGCGCCAGUAGCUGUUACCAACCGAGCAGGUCUCACAGCAGAGACCAUGGCAGAUCGCAGAAACUUCAAGACAUGUGCUGCUCUCAUCCAUGCCUACGAACUGGCACCAAAGCAGGCAAAUCACAUCAAGGUCCAACCGAAAAAGAAGAAGGAGAAACCACUUGCUUUCGACUACUCGAAAUGGGACUCCUUGGAGAGGGAGAUGCGUGCAGAUGAAGAAGAGGAGAACAAUACCCGUGUGCGGGAAGCCAAUGCAGCUGUAAGAAGGCCGAUGCCAAAGUUUGAGGAUCUCGGGCCCGAAGCUUUUGGGCUGCCAGCUGACACUCCAUGGCCGCCUGAUGCAUCACUGCGAAAGAAAGGUCCUUUUGACUAUGGACAUUGGGACAAGAUUGUGGAGGAUGUGGAGAGACAAGAAAGAGUGUUGGAGAGGUAUGAGAAGCUGCAGAAAGAUCCAAAGUACGAAUACCGUGAUGGCCAGAAGAUGCAAGACUGUGCGCUUGCAAGCAGUGGCUUUGAAACAGAUGCCUCCGCUCGAAACAAGAAAUCCAAGUUGUGGGAAGAGUGGGCACGCAUGAGUAAAGUUUGUGAAUGCAUGCUUUAUUUCACUGGCAGUGCUGCACUCUCAGUGAAGAUGCGCUUGAAAGCCAUUGAAAUGGGGAUGACUCUCAGCGAGUACGGCUUGGAGAACAAAGUCACCGGUGAGAAGGUCACUGCCCGUUCGGAAGAAGAGAUCUUCAGAGCACUUGGCAUGGAAUACUUGGAGCCCUGGCAGAGAUGA